CGCGACGGGAAGGAGCCAAGUGAGCUCGAGGCCGACGCGACCAACGUUCGUCGCCGCUGUCCCCGCCGCCGAGCCGAGAGGAGCCGUCGCGGCCGACCCUGCCGCCCCCGCCGGUCACCAUGUCCGCCCAGGCGCAGAUGCGGGCCCUGCUGGACCAGCUCAUGGGCACGGCCCGGGAUGGUUCAGUGUAUCUUUGCCUGCCUACAUCAAUCUGCAAGGGAGUUGCAGAAAAGCCUCAUGUUCAUCGAGCCGAGAUGAAACCAGACAGAGGGUCAAGUUUACAGAUGACCGUGUCUGCAAGAGUCAUCUUCUGGAUUGCUGUCCGCAUGACAUCCUGGCUGGGACGCGCAUGGAUUUAGGAGAAUGUACCAAAAUCCACGACUUGGCCCUCCGAGCUGAUUAUGAGAUUGCAAGUAAAGAAAGAGACCUGUUUUUUGAAUUAGAUGCAAUGGAUCACUUGGAGUCCUUUAUUGCCGAGUGUGACAGGAGAACUGAGCUUGCUAAGAAGCGGCUGGCAGAGACACAGGAGGAGAUCAGCGCGGAAGUUUCUGCAAAGGCAGAAAAAGUACAUGAAUUAAAUGAAGAAAUAGGAAAACUUCUUGCUAAAGCUGAGCAGCUGGGAGCUGAAGGAAAUGUGGAUGAAUCUCAGAAAAUUCUUAUGGAAGUGGAGAAAGUCCGUGCAAAGAAAAAAGAAGCUGAGGAAGAGUACAGGAACUCCAUGCCUGCGUCCAGCUUUCAGCAGCAGAAGCUGCGUGUCUGUGAGGUCUGCUCGGCCUACCUGGGGCUCCAUGACAACGACCGCCGCCUUGCAGACCACUUCGGGGGCAAGUUGCACUUGGGAUUCAUUCAGAUCCGUGAGAAGCUGGACCAGUUAAGGAAAACUGUGGCUGAAAAGCAGGAGAAGAGAAACCAGGACCGAUUGAGGAGGAGAGAGGAGAGGGAACGCGAGGAGCAUCUGAGCAGGAGGUCUGGAUCAAGAACCAGGGAUCGCAGGAGGUCUCGCUCCCGAGAUCGGCGUCGGAGGCGGUCAAGGUCUACCUCCAGAGAGCGACGGAAGUUGUCCCGGUCCCGGUCCCGAGACAGACACCGCCGCCACCGCAGCCGCUCGCGGAGCCACAGCCGGGGCCACCGCCGGGCGUCCCGGGACCGGAGUGCAAAAUACAAGUUCUCCAGAGAGCGGGCGUCGAGGGAGGAGUCCUGGGAGCAGGGGCGGAGCGAGCGGGGUCCCCCCGACUGGAGGCCUGAGAGCUCUGGCGGAAAGACGGCUUCGAGGAGGUCGGAGGAGAAGGAGGCUGGCGAGAUCUGACCCGCAUCCAGACGCUGUAAAUAGUCUGAUACGACGCUCAACACAGCCUAAAGUUACCCUUUAUAUUUGCUGAACACAACCCAUCUUUUGUAGUUUACAAUUUCUAUUGUUUUGGAGCUAGCUGUGCAUUUCUAGAGAUGUACAGAGUUGUUCUGUGUUCCGGGGCUACGCUGAAUAGGAAUAAAUCAAUCUGACUGCG